GCUACUGUGAACAGCGUCUGUGUUGUGCACUUGCAGUCAGAAGAAGGUGCUGCUGGCCGAUUGGACGAUGAUCCAUCUGUGCUGAAGCGUUCCGAAAAUGAGGCCAGAACUCAUGCGGAGAAAGUUGUUCGUUUCCGACGCAAACGUAAACGUCCACGAACGAAAGCCUUCCGCGUUCAUCUCAAGAACGAGAUUGAAAGAGCCUUAUGUUCUCGAGUAUCNUCACUUGGUGAAUUUGCAUUUUCGAAAGAUCCUGGUGGGCGCUUGAGUGCGCCUCUGAACGAUGUGGUCGCCGCGUUGGGUUUGGAUAAUGAUAAGUAUCGAUCGUUGUCAAGAAGCGCUCUUUCAAAGUUGGGCGAUAUAUCAACGAUUUUCAGUAUUGAUGCUUCCGCUGAACAGCUGCGUAUUCGUUUUGAGCAACGCCAACCGGACAUCGCUUCGGCGACAGUUUACACGGACAAUUUACCUCGACAAUGUGAUAUUUUAUCGUUGUAUCGUCGUGCCGUUGUAUUUGGUACUGUUGUAUGUUUGCACCCGAUAUUCUCGUCUCAUAUCCAUCUAAAGCAAUCACCAAACGACGAACCAUCACCGUCUACUGCAAAAUACUCGUUGAUGCCAAUUGUUGAGCAACAUAUUCAAGCAGCUUUCAUUCAAUUCGUCGACAAAGAGUCGGCUGAGAAGUUUUGUGAGGCAUAUUCAAAAAAUUGGCCUGUUAAGCACGUCUGCAAACGACGGAAGAUGCGUCGUGCAAAACGUGCCCUUGGAGGUGCCGGCGGUCGACUGCGUAAUUUACGAGUGCAGACACUAAUAACUCAUCAGAAUCCGCUGAUGGCAGACGCAACGAUAUCGGCAGAAUCGAGGAAGAGGAAACGUGCAGCAUCCGAGGUGUUGAGCGACGAUGAAUCUCCGUUGAAGCGUUCUAGAAGCUCACUGAAUAUGGAAGAAGGAAACUCGGUGAGCAGCAGCACCAAACAAGGGCAAGCAAUAAUCGAAUCGCAUCAACAGGCAGUAUCCAACAAUAACCAUCAAAGUGUUGCCAGCAAGAAGACAUCGAUUUACAGACAUCGACUCAGUGCAGAGAAUCUGCCGUGUAGAAGCAACAGGAAGCGGCAAACGUUUCGAGCUCUCAGGGAGAAAUACUUCCAGUUAAAGCGAAACAGUUUCAAGAGGUUGAAAGCUGAACUAAGGAACGAAAAUGUUUCGUCGGGGACCGGUGACAAGAGGAGCGGGAGGCGACUGAAGAAACGUGGAAGAUCAAAGUUAAUGUUGAGAGUGGUGGCGUUUAGAGAGCGUUACGACAAUGGUGUGAACAUUUGUUUCAACGAGUCUGGUCGUAUGACAGAGGUCGAUGGUACUGAACGCCUAGAAAGUGUUCAUGCUGAAGGGAACUUAGAAGAGCAGCUGUAA